AUGGCGGAGACGCCCGCUGCCGACAUCCCGCCGCCGCCACCGCCGCCGCCACCGCCCGCCGAAGACGCUCCGACGCCGAUCGACCGCGACGUGUGGCUCGCGUGCGCGACCCCGCUGUCCCGCAUCCCCGCCGUGGGCUCCCAGGUCUACUACUUCCGGCAUGGCCACUCCGAGCAGUGCCCCGUGCCCCCGCCCCCCUCCCUGCUCCCCGACAUCUUCCCCUGCACCGUCGCCGCCGUCCGCCUCUUCGCCGACCCCAAGACCGACGAGCCCUACGCCACCGUCUCCCUCGUCCCCGGCCCCCACCGCGACCCCGCCGACGCUGCCCCCAACCUGCAGGAUCACUCGCACCGCGGCUUCUGCUACUACGCCAAGCAGCUCACGCAGAGCGACGCCAACAACGGCGGCGGCUUCUCCGUGCCCAGGUCCUGCGCCGACCUCGUCUUCCCGCCGCUCGACUUCGCGGCCGACCCGCCCGUGCAGACGCUCCGGAUGCGGGACCUGCUCGGCGCAAGCUGGGAGUUCCGCCACAUCUACCGCGGCACGCCGCGCCGCCACCUGCUCACCACCGGCUGGAGCAAGUUCGUUAACGCCAAGCUGCUCGUCGCGGGCGACGCCGUCGUCUUCAUGCGCCGCCCCGACGGGGACCUUCUCGCCGGGGUGCGCCGCGCGCCCAGGUACCCCGCCGCCUGCCAGGGCGCCGCGGCAGGCCAGCGCGGGCGGCCCCACAACGCGCGGGCGCGGGUGCCGCCGCAGGAGGUGGACGAUGCCGCGCGGCUGGCGGCGGAGGGGAGGCCCUUCACCGUCACCUACUACCCGCGGCAGGGCGCCGGGGAGUUCGUCGUGCCCAAGAAGGAGGUGGAGGACGCCACGCUCCCCGACUGGAACCCUGGGUUUCAGGUGCGCAUGAAGUUCCUCGACGCCGAGGAGCGCCGCUCCGAGUGGAUCAACGGCGUCGUCAAGGCCGUCGACAAGGGCAUCUGGCGCAUGCUCGAGAUAGACUGGGAUGAAUCAUCGUCGGUGCCAUUAAGAAACAGACAUGUUAAUGCUUGGCAAGUCGAACUCGUUGGGUACCCUCCCAUCCUGAAGAAGUUCAAGUACAAUGGCACGACUGCUGGACUUGAAUACCAGAACCUGGCAAUGCUACUGGAUUCACCACCUGUUCCUGCUGGCAUGCAGGGAGCCAGGCACAUUGGCCCCACUGAUCAGUUUCCCUCUUCAUCUACUACAGAGUUCACAACUCAGCUGCUGUUCCCACAGGAUCGUCAGAUUCCGCCGAGUUCCAGUGGUGGCUCCUCUGAGGUUGUGAAUCCUGAAGAAAUAGGUGGAUCUCCACCCAACAAUUCAGUGAAUAUGCCUCCUUCUGAAUUUCCUGAAGAAGUGAGGAGCAUACAGCUGUUUGGCACCACGAUCACAUCACCUGUGCAGAAUGCCACCAAUGGUUCCUCGGAAGAAGUGAACCAAGUUCCUGAUGCUGCUGUGGCAGAUAGAACUGCUAAUGAAGAUGCUUCUUCCACAAGCCCAUUUGACCUCAAUCUUGGUACAGAUGAUGGCCCCAGCCAGAAUGAUUCUAGGGAAGAAGCCUGAAUUGUGGCAUAUAUACACUGCAGUGGAAGUGAAAUUAAGUUUGGUGAGGCUGCUAUUCUGCGUUACACUACACAAGGUUCUCAGACUUGAAUUCAGGAAGGGAUACUUGUGGAUGGCUGCAAGCCAACAAAUUGAAGUUUGACGCUUCAUGGGCAUGUUGGCUGCUGCACGACUAGGCUGCCAUGUUUUUUCUUUCACUUUUUGU